AUGAAGUCCCCCAUAUCUGACUGUCCAAAGUGGGAGAACCCCUCCUUCGCCUACUUCAACAACCAGUUCAUCCUCCACCUCGCCUCCGCCGUGAACAACCCCCUCCCGACCCGCAAACUCCUCUCCCCCGGAAUCACCAUCCCCGCCGUCCGGGGCGUCCAGAGCGAAAAACAUGUCCCAGUAACAGACAUCUUCGACGGCGCCAGCCUCAACAAACUCGGAUACGAAACCAGUCCCGCAGCGCAGGCCUUGGUCGGAGAUGACACCACACCGACCCUGCAGGUAGACCACUACACCGAGAUCACCGACUCACCAUCGCACCCCAUCGUCCAAGCCACCGCCGCCACCGAGUCCUACUGGCAAUGGAGCGCCAUCCGCUUCACAGCAGAGGCCUUCCUCCUCCCAUUUACGGGACACCGCUGGCGCAGCGCAGCACAGCACUUCCAGCUCGCGGAGCCGCUCCAGCGCUGCGUAGACAGCCUUCUCCCCGAGAUCAUGCCGCACGCAAUCGCCAUGCACCUGCGCAUGUGGCCAUCCGACCUCUCUUUCGGCCAAAAGGACCCAUGCCACACCAACGAAGUGCCCGUCCUAAAGCACGUCUUUUCCAAAUGCGACUGGUCCGCCAACUACCUUUACCAAAACGUGCAGCGCGUGCAGACGAGCGCCUCUCAGCCCGUCGUCAUCGCCACCGACGACAGGAAGCACCCCGCAGUGGUAGACCUGAUCGCCCGUCUCGGUGAUCGUGCCCACUUCAUGGAGCCGACGGGCUCCUGCGCCGCCGCGCUGAACGCUACCGUUCCGGAGAAUGAGCGGAAGUGGCGCGCGGCCGCUUACUGGCCAAUCCUCGAGGCUGCCACCAUGGUGCAGGCGGAGGCGUUCGUCGGCAGCUUCUGGUCGACGUUCUCGCAGCUGAUUGCUGUCCGCAGGAUGGAUACGUCCCGGACGUACUUUGUGCAGAACAGGGCGCAGGCGUUCCUGUGGUGGUAUCGAUGGGGCCUGAUUAGCUCUGCGUUGGGUGUGGCCGCUGUGCUGACGGCUUGGACCUUCAAGCGUUAUUCUCGGAGCCGGAGGGCCUCGAUGUUGAAGGGAGACGAGGGAACCCUUCAGGUGUAG